UUAUCGUUUCUGCGGCCCGCUCACUCGGUGCCCCCUCUGCUGGCCGCCCUCCCCACGCUCAACCGCGCUCUCUGCCCUCGCGCUCUCUCUCUCCCUGUCUGUCUCGCCCUCAGACCGCAGCUCUCGCAUGAGAUAUCUCUUCGCCUGCCUUGACCGCGUGAUUUCCGCUCUUCCUGCUCGCUGACUUGUCUUUUCCCGCCAUCUUCCCCCUUUGCUGUCUCAAGCCUGGGGCUGCCCUCCGUUUCCCACGCUCUGCAAGGACGCCCAGAAUCUACCCUAGCCCUGCUACUGAACGCCCUGGACGCUGUGGUCCAGCCGAUCACCGCCCUACUUUGCAACCGAUCGGCGCCAAGGGCUCCCGCGCCCGCUCCCGCGGCCUACACCCGCCCGUCGAAACUCCAACGGCUCGCCAAAUCCAUCCCGUCUUGCUGCUCCAUCAUAUAGGACUUGCUCACACCCCGCCGCGCUGGCAGCGAACCUCUUGCUCUCGCGGACGGACGUCCUGCGCUCACCGACCGCGUCCCGUUGCACACAGGAACCCCCGCUCUCACGUCUGCCACCGCUCCCACCGCUGCCAUCCUCCCAGCGCCUCCCCCAGCCAUGACAGAUGCUCGUUUAUGUUUGCAGUAUCUGGCCGACAACGCGCCCUUGUGGAUCAAGAGCCUCGACGAGCUCCAGGCCAGAAUACAACGCCGUCAGAUCGAACUUGCCAGAGUAGCCGUGCCCGCGGUCCAGAAGGUGAAAAAGACGUCUUCCAACGAAUCCCUCCGACACAGCCGCCCCGAAACAAGCACUCCCUCGACCGGUCUGGAGCUGACGUCGGCCCCGCAGCCGCACGAUGGCCAACAAUCCAAUACCGCAAACGGCCAGAUGAUCACGCCGUGUCGCAAGCGAAAGACGGCCUCGCUCCUCUCCGCCGCGUCUGGCACGCACAAAUACCGCUCUCGCGCCGCCGUCACCGUCUACUACGACAGCGAAGUGCAGGACGUCUUUGACCGCAUCGUCCGCAACAUAAGCACGGGACGUAACAACAUCCGAAAGUCGCGCUUGGCCGAGCGUGUCGCAAACAUGGCAAACAUGCACAACACCGCCAACCAGCCCCCCUUCUCGGGUGAAAACGCCCUCCCCUUGUUGAGGACUGUCAGGAGCGCUUCAGGUAUGCCAAGGUUCAACGCGUACAUCGAAGAGAGCCUCCGCUUAUCAGGCCGCCUAGCAAGUUUGAGACCGCCACCAAUGGCCCAACUCGGCGCCGAGGUCAAAUCAGACACUGCCGUCAAGCGGACGGAUGCCAGGGAGGAGGCCGACGCGGCAUUGGACAAAGCCCAGGAAUUCUGUGAAAAGGGCGCCCACCAGUUUCUAAGGGACGGUGAUUGCGGAGAAGAGUUGGCCGGUGCCAGGGCUGCAUUUGAAGAGGUCAUCGCUAUCAGCAACCGCGAACUCGAGGAGCUGGCGCGAAAAGCUGCUGCGGAUGCCAAGAGAGUGGAGGGUGAGAAGGAGGAUGAGAAGGAGGAUGAGAAGAAGGAGGAGGAGGAGGAUGGGGAAAUGAUGCAACUCGAGAGGGACGGCCAGGAACAAGAUGGGAAGCACAAGGAGCGAGCACACUUGCAAAGCAGCAGCAUCAACCAACACCCGGCGCUGAUCCAGGCAGCGGGCAUCAUCGAAGCUGAUGACGACGAAAGCGAUGGCGACUACGACGACCCCAGCUUGCUGCCGUCGCCACAUUUUAGACUGAUGGCUAGGACGUGAGAUCCGAGCAUCCGGCACAUGCGUGGCCAUUAGACUUUUCGCAGUUUGGAUGUCGCUCGUUUGUGCCCUCCUCACACGCUCAGAACUGUUGACACAGGUAGGCAGCAUGAUGAAGCGGCCGCACACAUGAACAGACAUUGAACACUCUCAGUUUCUGGUCUUGAGAGGGCGAGAAAGAGAAGGAAAAAAAAAAGAAAAAAUGGAACGGUUGGCGCUUACUUGCCCCCCCUAAUAUUUCGAAAGAGGAUCUAUCUAGGAACAGUAGCCAUUGAUCGACCUGUCCUGGAUUUUGACAAGGCUAAUCUGUCGCGCCGUUCCCAUAUGCCUACGGAGGACGCUGGAGUCAGCCAUACGGCCAGGGAAUCGCGUUUUGGGUCGCUGUUGCUUGCACGUAAGACCUAUGCGCGGGGAAUAAGUGAACUUAGAUUGCUCAUUCCCCAUGCACGGAAUGCUCGUUGCCAAAUCUACAUCAUGUUCCUCAAGCAGACAUACCGACAAAGCGAUACGGUUUUGAUUUGCAGACGAUACGGUUGUGGAGCUCUCCGAAGUAUGUACGAGGUGCAUGUACAUUUUCGGUCAAGGGGGUUUACAACGGUCUGCAUUCGUAGAGCAAAAGGAUCGGACUAGGAAAAGGUCGAGAUCGUAACAAAAUUUCACUGAAUGUGUUUUUUCUUAUUUUAUGUUUUUUUUGUAAAAGAAUUCUUUGAGUGGCACCCUGCAUGCCUUUACUUUUCCAUCUGCUGUCAGAUGACAACAAGGCCUUCUUUGUCAUCGACAAGGCCGGAUUGGCUUUACGGAGCAGAACAUCAUCACCACGACGGCUUCAUCCCACGCUGGGCUGCACAUUGGUCAUCGUUGUACUGAUCACGCACAACAUGACGAACACCAAGUCGUUGACUUUUUUGGAAAAUACUAUCCAAAAUCCCACCAAGACAAGGCUGGGACUGUUUUUU